GUGACUGUGAAUGAUUGAUCUUCACAUUAUCUCAGGAGGACAGGAGGCUCGUAUGUAAAGCAGAGUUCCUGUGUGAAGAGUUGAACAUUUUAAUAUCAUCACACACUCCUGAAAGCAGCAACACUCAUAUCUAAAACUCUCUAAAAGAAAAAAAGAAAAACCUCACAUGGGCCUGAAAAGUUCCCGCCCCCAGUUGUUCCCGGGGGACAUCGUGGAGUAUCCCAGGAACAAAUACUUCUCCCACUUUGCGGUGUACUACGGAGAGAGAGACGGCGUUCCCUACGUGGCUCACCUGACAUGUCGAGAUUCAGACUCCAAGCUGCCGCUGUUCGGCAGAGCUCUGAGGUCAGAGAUCAAACUGGAUCCAGUGGAGCUGCUGGGGAAGAAAUACAAGGUGAGCAACAUGCUGGACGGCUCGUUCCCGGCCAGAGACUUCCACAACGUGGUGAAGCAGGCCAUCGACGACCUGAUGGGCCGCGAGGUGACGUUCGACAUCCUGUUCCACAACAGCGAGCACCAGGCGACGCUCUUCAGAUACGGAGUCAAGAAAUCUGAACAGAUAGAGAGAAUUUACGAGCACAUCAUGCCAUCGUGGGAGAAACUGUUCAAGCACAACAAACUGUGAAUGCAGUUCUCCUCUCAACCACCAGAGGGCGGCGUUGCUCUCCUGGUCUUCAUCACUCGACCUG